AUGUCAACUGCCGAAAUUGCGGAAAUCAAAGCUCAAAUCAAAAAGAUGCAGAACGUCAUUGCGAUGACCGGACGGCAGAUUGUGGAGCUACAGCUCGAUAGUACCCGUCGUAGAAAUGAGGAUGUUGAUCGCCGCACGAAGGAGCUGAGGGGCGAGCCCGCAGUUGCUAGCUCUGCAGAAAACACUGGCGACUAUGCGACGAACUCUGAUAUUGUUGAGCUUGUCCAGGAGCUCCAGGAUCAGUUGGACAUUCUUGACGAGCGAAGUAUUCGCCGCACUAUCAACUCGCGAGCCGGCAAGUCAACACCAAUCGUCUCUCUACCAUCGAUUGCUAACGAAUACCCCGACGCCUUCCCGCACACACUACUUGAUUUUGCAGAGAUUGGCACUAGUGAGAUUGAACGACUUGCGCGUUUUUACGAAUUGCUCCCCCCAGAUGCUGUAGAAAUGGAAGAGUUGCUCCAGAAAGUGUCCAUGACAGCCGCCGAGGCUGGAGUCUCUCAGACCUCACCCGAGGUUACAGAGAGUGACGGCGUUGAACACUUCAAUAAGCUUGCACGUUUUUUGGGACUGCCCCUUACAAGAUGA